CUGAGAGAGAGAGAGAGAGAGAGAGAGAGAGAGAGAGAGAGAGAGAGAGAGAGGGGGGGGGGAUGCGGUCCUGUGCACCGACUCGUUCGUACGCUCGUCUCUUCCUCGCGUCGGUGGUGUGGUUGUCGGCGACCUGUUGCCGCGGCGGCGAUCCUUACGUCUUCUACGAUUGGACUGUCUCUUAUCUCACCGCUUCGCCCCUCGGCACUCGCCAACAGGUCAUUGGGAUCAAUGGGCGGUUCCCAGGUCCGAUUCUCAACGUUACUACGAAUUGGAAUGUUGUUGUGAAUGUGAAGAAUGAUCUCGAUGAACCAUUGCUCAUCACCUGGAAUGGCAUCCAACAUAGGAAAAACUCCUGGCAAGAUGGUGUUUUAGGGACUAAUUGCCCGAUUCCCUCCGGUUGGAACUGGACUUAUCAGUUUCAGGUCAAAGACCAGAUAGGGAGUUUCUUUUACUUUCCUUCCACCGACUUUCAGAGAGCGGCAGGCGGGUAUGGAGGGAUCAUUAUAAACAAUAGAGAAGUCAUUCCGCUACCCUUUGCUCUACCUGACGGGGAUAUUACGCUCUUUAUCAGUGACUGGUACACUAAGGGCCAUAAGAAACUGAGGAAAGAUAUUGAGGGUGGGAUUGAUCUUGGAGUCCCCGAUGGCAUUAUCAUUAAUGGAUUAGGACCUUUUCCGUACACUCAGGAGCUUGCCUCAAGUGGUAUACCGUAUGAGACAAUCAAUGUUGAGCCAGGAAAAACAUACCGCUUCCGGGUCCAUAAUGUUGGUAUUGCAGCCAGCUUGAAUUUUAGAAUACAGAAUCAUAACCUACUUCUCGUUGAGACAGAAGGGUCAUACACGGUUUAUGAUGAUGACACAAACAUGGAUAUUCAUGUGGGUCAAUCAUACUCGUUCCUGGUCACGAUGGAUCAAAGUGGUAGUAACGAUUACUACAUUGUCGCUAGCCCUCGGUUUACACAUUCACCUUUGUCGGCCAAAGUUACCGGAGUUGCCAUAUUGCGCUACUCUAAUUCCCAAGGACCUGCUUCAGGUCCACUUCCUGAUCCUCCUAAUGAUUUGGACACGUUUUUCUCAAUGAACCAAGCACGAUCCAUAAGGUGGAAUGUCUCUGCUGGAGCUGCACGUCCAAACCCUCAGGGAUCAUUCAAGUAUGGUGACAUCACAGUAACUGAUGUGUAUGUGAUAGUCAACAGGCCGGCAGAGCUUAUAGAUGGGAAAUGGCGUACCACUCUUAAUGGUAUAUCAUAUCUACCUCCUUCAACGCCCUUAAAGCUUUCCCAGCAAUACAAUAUCUCAGGGGUAUACAAACUGGAUUUCCCUAAAAGACCAAUGAACAGACAUCCCAAGGUUGAUACGUCUCUUAUAAAUGGCACGUUCAAGGGAUUCAUGGAAAUAAUUCUCCAGAAUAACGAUACCACUGUCAAGAGUUAUCAUUUGGAUGGCUAUGCCUUCUUUGUUGUCGGCAUGGACUUUGGUCUUUGGACAGAGAAUAGCAGAGGCACUUACAACAAAUGGGAUAGUGUUGCUCGAUCCACUAUACAGGUUUUUCCUGGUGCUUGGACAGCCAUUUUGGUUUCGCUGGACAAUGCUGGCAUGUGGAACCUCCGGAUAGAUAAUCUCGUCUCGUGGUAUCUGGGCCAAGAGGUAUACUUGAGUGCGGUGAAUCCCGAGAUCGACACAUCUGAGGUUCCCAUGCCCGGAAACACUAUAUACUGCGGUCUUCUUUCACGUUUACAAAGGGACCAGGCACAAAGGGUAAACUUUUCCGGGUCACCAACUAUCUUUGCGAGAAGCAAAGGGCUUUUCUUUGCUCUUGUCGUAAUCUUACUCGGAAGUUUAGCCACGUAGUUAAUCUCGCAAAGCCACGGUAUACGACCACAUUCCCCUUUCCGGGUACCAUAUAACCGAGCAGGUAUUGGUAGACCAAUGUUUUGUAUCUGAGAAAGUUUGUAGAUUGAAAUUUGAAACAGAGAUCCUGUUUCUUAUGUGUUUGCAUAGAGUUGGUUCUGAACAACAUUGUUAGCCGUAAGGCAUUGUAAUACAAGAUUUUGUAAUCUUUGUUUUUGUAUCUGAGGUGGUUUUAGAUGUUACAUUGACA